AACAUUUCUCCGGAGCUCUGAGACUUCUUCUCUCCGGAUCCAAACAAUGAAUCGUCUCGUUUCUCUCUUCUCCAUCGCUCUGAUCGCUUUCCUCUGCCUUCAUCAUCGUGUUCUCGCUUCUUCUUCCGACUUCGAAGGUUUCGAUGCUGAAGACGACGAUGUUUUAGACGAUUCCACUGAGCUUCACCACUCUCUCCGUCCUCCUCUUCUUACUCAGUCUGAGUCAACGGUUCUGGAUCUGGACCCAUCUUCCGAUUCCGAUUCUACUACCCCGGCAUCUAAAUCUGAUCCUCCCACUCAGACCGUGAAGCCUUCUUCCAUCUCCUUCGAUUACUGGGAUGAAGAUGAGUUCGAAGGAUUACCGGAGGAUGAGAAAUCGACGGAGUCUCCGGUUAUUUCCGAUGAUGCCUCUCCUGCCGCCGAUCCACAGACGCCAGAUCUUGAGUCUGCUUCAGAGACUGUAGAUACUGACAUUCCGAAGAAGAUGCAAUCGUACACGGUGGAGAUCGUUUGCGUCUCUAUAUUGAUUGGUUACGCAAUCAAUUACUUCACUGGUAAACGUGAGAAUGAAAACCUCGCUUUGGCUUGGGCUUCCAAAUUUGGUCUUAAAGAUACCAUUUUUGAGAAAAACUUCAGUUUUCUUGGAGUUGGUGAAGGAGAAGACUCUCCUUUGUUGCUCAAAGAAGCGACGAAUGUGUUUAAGUUCUAUGCGAGUGGGCGUAGGUAUUGCCAUGGGCUUUUGGCGACCUUGGAGCUUAAGAGCAGACACGAUCUGAUCUCAAGGCUAUUCAACUCUGUUGUGCCUUGUAAAGAUGAGAUCAGUUUUGAGGUUUACAUGAACGAUGAAGCCAUGGAUCACAUUGUGUUUGCGAUGGCGAGGAAGAAGGCGGCUAAAACGAUGCACAAGGAGCUGAGGGAUCUGCAGAGAUUUGGAGGGAUGGUGCCCAGUCCUGGCGGGAGGAAGUGGGUAACGGAGGAGUUAGCUGUGGUCUCUGAGUCUAAGGAGGUAGCUGGAGAUAUGAUCACCGAUGUUGUACUUGAUCAGGUUUUUGGUGACAAGUCUUUUGAAAAGUUUGGGAAGUAUUUCAUCUCAAUGCAUUUUUCGGAUCAACAUCCUGGCAAACACAGGAAGAUGCUGCUUUUCAAGUUUGCCCUACCUGAUGCUAAACACAUGGAUGAUAUGGUUCGGUUGAUAGCGCUAAUUCCAUAUUACAUUGACUUAAUUGGGCGCUACAAGCUCAGCUCCCAGGCAAGGAACAAAACUGACGGUGCUAGGCAAAAGGCAGCUCAGGAAGCGUACAAGGAACUUGAGAAUGUAAGACAAGAGGCAUUGCAGAGAAAGAAAGCUGAAAAGAAGAAAAUAUUGGAGGAGGCACAGGCAAAGCUUAGCGCCGAGGCUCUAAGGAAGAAAGAAGCAAAAGAACGUGCACGCCAGAUGAAAAAGUCAAUGCCGAAAGUUAAGAUGAGUCGAGCUGCAACCACAAAGCUGGCGAGAGCUCUGCAACAAAGACGCACCUUCGUAAACGCCAGAGUCAAAUGGGUCAGUGACUACUACCUCGACGAAGCUGUUCAACGAGAGAAAAACCUCAAGCAAGUUAUCUCUCUCAAGGAUCGAAUCGUAUCGUCUCCGUCGAAAUCUCUCCCUCUCUCUUCCCUUUCACUCCUCAAGCCUCUCGUCAAUCUCCACAUAACCGCCGCCGCGUUUUUCCAGAAAUACCCUUCUGUCUUCACCACUUUUCAGCCCUCUCGUUCUCAUCCUCUCCACGUUCGUCUCACUCCACAAGCUCUCACACUCCACAAAGAAGAAGAGACGAUCCACCUCUCGCCGCCUCUCCGCAAUGUCACCGUUCAACGGUUGACCAAAUUCUUGAUGCUAACGGGAGCUGGAAGUCUUCCUCUCAAUGUCGUCGAUCGUUUCAGGUUCGAUUUGGGUCUCCCUCACGAUUACAUUACUUCGCUGAUUGGUGAUUUCCCGGAUUACUUUGAAGUAAUUGAGAUCAAAGAUCGUUUAACGGGUGAAAAGACGCUUGCUUUGGCGAUUUCCUCGCCGCGGAACAACCUCCCUGUGUCGGAAAUGGAGAGAAGAGAAGCCACCAUUGAUGGGUUUCGUGUGAAAAAAGGGUUGCGCAUAAGGUAUUCGAUGAAUUUCCCCAAAGGGUAUGAGUUGGAUAAAAGGGUGAAGAAUUGGGUGGAGCAAUGGCAAAAUCUCCCAUACAUUUCGCCUUACGAAAAUGCCUUUCACUUGGGGUCGAACAGUGAUCAGGCUGAGAAGUGGGCGGUCGCAGUACUUCAUGAGCUUUUGUGCCUCUUAGUAUCGAAGAAGACUGAGACAGAUAAUGUGCUUUGCUUAGGGGAGUAUUUAGGGUUCGGGAUGAGGUUCAAGAAGGCUUUGGUGCACCACCCGGGUAUAUUUUACAUGUCGCACAAGAUUCGGACCCAGACUGUUGUUCUAAGGGAAGCUUACCACAAAGUUUUCUUGCUGGAGAAGCAUCCAUUGAUGGGGAUGAGGCAUCAGUACAUUUAUCUUAUGAGCAAAUCAGGGAGAGGAUUGAAACGAGACUCUGUUCAUGGAAUUGAGAGAAGCAACCCAAAAAGAGGGUUUUUAAAGCUUGUGAAAAUGAUAAAAGUAAAUGCACAUAACAGCAGCAGCCAGUGAUCAGAGAGGAUAGUCUUAGUGUAGAAUGCAUGAGUUGCUAUGACUGGGUCGAGUAAGGACAGCUGAAUCGAUAAUGGAAUUGAUUGCUGAUAUGGUAACAUUGUGCAAGAUUUCGUGUUUGAGUCCUUGAUUAGGUUCUUGCAGACUCAGUGGGCAAUUGGAGUAAACAGAACUUAAGAUG